UUUAUUUAUUUUUUCAAAUUCCAGCCUCUCGUUGUUGUAUUUUUAAAUAUGAAGGCCACUUUCUUUUCAAAGGAAUUAAUUAAUUGAUAUGCGUGCGCUGAGAUGGUCCAGCUUCGGUUUGAAGAUAAAAGUUCGACGAAAUCAACAAAGAAUUCUCAGUUUAUUGUUCUUGCAGACAUCGAAUUAAGCUCAUUUUCGUUUUAAUUAAGGAUUGAUUGCUUGCUUGAAGUUGGGGCUGUGCUUUGAUAAAAAAAUUUCAAACUUUAGCUGGACCGUGUGGCAGGAGGAUUUGUUUUUAAUUUUGGUGAGUCCUACACUGGAUAUGAAUGAAGGAUUAAUUCAUGUAGACAAGGACUGAACUUUAGUUUAGCACUUAGCAGUAGUGGGGAAGAUAAGUGUCCUAAGGUUAGGCAGGACUUAAAGGUUUUGUUUUUGAAUGGAUCACUUGUUUUCAAAGGAAAGAGAUAUUGAAGUAGAUCUUGAAAGUGGUGGGACUACCAGUGAAGAUGAGAGAACCAAAGAUCAUGUUUCAUCAAAUCUAGAUACAAAGAGAACUUUCAGUAGAGUUUGGAGUGAUCUUUUGAGUUUUGAUAGAGUAGGGAAGGGUGAAUGUGGCAUAAACUCGUGCAGUAGUUCCUCAACUUUUAGCGCGGUUGAGGGUGAGAAUAUGGAAUUCUUGGUAGACAAGAAUUCAGAAGGAGAAGAGAAUCAUGAACUCCUGGCGUUUGUGGAGAAGAACUUCACAGGGGAUAAGCAUAAGAAGACAAACUCUAGGAAGCCUCCCAAGCCGCCACGGCCUCCAAAAGGUCCUCGGUUGGAUGCUGCAGACCAGAAGUUGGUGAGGGAGAUUGCUGAACUUGCCAUGAGAAAACGUGCCAGGAUGAAACGAAUUAAAGCAAUGAAGAAGAUGAAGGCAGCAAAGGCAUCAUCAUCAAACAGUAGCCUUUCUGCUAUGGUCAUCACUGUUCUCUUUUGCCUUGUCAUACUCUUUCAAGGUAUAUGUUCCAGACGUGGUGCAAGUGUGAUGUUGGAGGGGUCUCCUGCACCAGCAAUUGGCUCAAAUGAAGGCUUUAUUUCUGUUCAAUUUUCCAAAAGCUUUCAUGUAACUGAAAAACAUGACCAUGAUCCUCCUAGCUUGGUAGAAAAGCAGGUUUCUCGUUCAGUUCUUGGAGACGAAACUAGGAAAGUUACCAGAUGAUGCG